CGGUUUCCUGUGCACUUCACGAGAAUGGAAAACAAACGUAACACUUCCAGUUGACGGCUGGACAUCUAUGAAAUAUGUCUAAGAAAGUGGAUUAUUGUUUUAUUACUUUAUAUGAUCAUGGAGUGCGCAAGAAACUCUGAAGUGAAACAGAGCGAAACAUGGAAGCGUCACAUUAUGAGACAGCUGAAAUCUCGCAACAUGUCACAGACGAGUGUCUUCCAGGAUAUUAUAGAGUCAUAUCACAGUCUGCUUGAGAAGUCUAAGCAAAGAGCCCUCAUUACCAAAGGUAUUCUGGGAUCAGGAACAAGGUCUUCAGGGGUGCCCCCCACUGAGGAUUCUUUGACCUCUUUGAAGACAACAACUGGCGAGCUAGCAUAUCAAGUGGUGGAACUGCAGCAGAGAAUCCAGCUAAAGGAAGCUGCACUUAAUGAACAACAUACCAAGCUGUAUGAGGUUCAAAAUUGCCUAAGUGUUGUGGCAUCAGAGCACAGUGCGCUUCAGGAACGCGUGGCGGAGGUGCAGGAUGGGAACCGGCUGCUGAAACAGAAAUAUGACACGCUGCUGGAGGAGCACCAGCGCAUGGAAAAGACAUACCGGCAGGAGAAGCUCCACAGCUCCGAGAUCUUGGAGAGCAUGAUCCUACCCAAACAACAGGCCGCUGUCCGCAUGAACCAUCGGAAUGAGAGGAGAGUGAGAGCCAGAGAGGCCAAUCUUCAUAAAGAACUUCAGAUAGCUGCCAGUAAGGAUGUGAUGAUUGAUGAAGAUUCUGGAAAUGUGUCAACCUCCAAUCCAUCUUCACCAAAAUGUGAACCUUCAGAGAGGCUCGAGCGAUGCCAUGGACCACUUUUCAGGUCCGCUUCAGCUACAUCCCCCCGUAUCAUCAGCUCCCUCAGAGGUCUUUUUGAGAGGAAGAUUAGAGGAAAAUCAGUUUGCAGUUCAGAGGAAGAUCUCUAUAUACCAUUAGGGGUUUGUCUGGCUGCAAGGGUCCCAAUGAAGGCCAUUUUUGCACUGGAUGCGCAUGAGCUCGGCAUCAACGCUGUGAGGUUCAGUACCAGGUCAAACCUGCUGGCCACAGGGGGAACUGAUAGAGUCAUCAAACUGUGGGACAUUGAAGCAGGAGCUCUUCAGAACAGAGGGACACUAGAUGGAAGUAAUGAGGGCAUCACAAGCAUUGAGUUCGACCGUACGGGCACUCGGAUUUUAGCUGCGUCAUAUGACAAGUCAGCUCUAUUUUGGAGGCUAGAGGACAGCGUUCCCAAGGUUACAUUGACUGGCCAUUCUCGUAAAGUGACAGCAGCCAGGUUUAAGUACAGUCAGCGACAGGUGGUCACGGGCAGUGCAGACCGGACUGUAAAGAUUUGGGACCUUCAUCGAGCAGCAUGCAUACAAACCAUCAAGGUUUUGUCUUACUGCAGUGAUGUGGUGUGCUCUGAGUACCUAAUAAUCAGUGGCCAUUAUGACAGAAAAAUACGGUUUUGGGACAGCAGGUCAGCGACGUGCACACAAGAAGUGCCUCUUCAGGGCAGGGUGACAUCAUUGGACCUCUGCCCCAACCACAGGCAGCUGCUCAGCUGCUCCAGGGAUGAUGUCCUGCAGCUGGUGGACCUGAGAAAGAGCAACGAUAGGGUGGCCUUCAGGGCAGAGGGCUUCAAAUGUGGAAGUGACAGCACCAAGGCCAUCUUCAGUCCGGAUGGAAGUUAUCUGGCAGCUGGCUCUGCAGACGGUGCCUUGUACAUAUGGAGUGUGAACAAAGGAAACCUGGAAAAACGUCUUCCUGCCAUGCACAGUUCUCCAAUAAGUGCAGUGGCUUGGUCAUUGUCGGGCGAAUAUGUUGCAAGUGUGGACAACAGCCGUCGAGCUGUGCUCUGGAGUGACAUCUGAGACCGAAGACAAACAACAGAAUUUAUCAACUGAAAUCACUCCUGGAUAUUCACUCAGGGAUGUCAUCAAAACAGCCUUAUUGGGUGGGAAAUCUCACACUCUGCACUCCCUCAUCAACAAGACUAUUAUAGUGUGUGACAGUCUGUUGCUAAGAAGCCUCGUUGUUCAUAAGCACAAACAGAUGUGCUAAUGUUACAUAGGUCUGGCAACAGUGGCGUGGAGCUCUGGGUUUUGUUAUGAAACCUUGUUACAGAUGCAUUUCUGUUGCAGAUGGUGGCGAAACAUUUGUAAGCCUUCAUCUCACUUGACAUUUUGUACUGUAGUUGUUAGCAACUUUGGAAUUUGACCUCUCUUUGAACUCUUUUAUAAACUCCUUUUCUAUCAAAAGGAAACAUGAACCAAAUGAAGCCAACCAUUUUUAAGACCAAAACAUUUCUGAAUACGUGGAAACUCAACCCUGGCACAUAUCAGUCCUAUUUUUAGAACACAAAACCCAAAACUUAAUUUUGAAUGCCUGCUACAAGAAGGACCAUUGUAUAUUGUAACAUACGGACACUGAGAUUCUUAAAUGCAAUACUAUAUAUAGAUUAUGUGGGAAUUUAUAUAUAAUUAUAUUGUAUAUAAUUGAGAGGAAUAGUUCAGCCAAAAAUGAAAAUUUUCUCACCAUUUAUUCACCCCCAUGUUUUUUUAAAAUUCUUACUUUCUUCUGUGGUGCACAAAAGCAGUUAUUUAUAGCAGAAUGUCCAAGCUGCUCUUUUCCAUACAAUGAAAGUGACUGGUGGCAAGCAAGAUAUUCAGUAAAGUCUUAGGGUGCUUUCAGACCUGUAGACCAUUUGCUUAGUUCCGAAAUGGGGACUAAAUUGUUACAAUGUUGUAUUUUCUUCUUGGUUCGGUUCGCUUUCACAUGGCAACAUUUAAAAAUGACCAAAACUAUGUCAAAGUCACAUGUGAGCAAACUGUCCCCUUAUUGGUCACUAUGUUUGGUUGCUGUUCCAGGAUUAAGCUCAUCCAUUGAUAUACCAGUUAAAAUUAUAUUCCUGUAAAGUUUCCGUCAUGGUUAUUUUUAUCUGUCAAUAAAGCUGUGUACAUUUUCUUUUUAUUUGUCAAAAAGUUGCUAACGCUGUCCUACCAGUGUUCUGACGCUAUCCAAAAGAGAGAAACAAUCAUACUAAAAUUACAAAAGUUUUAAUAUAGUUGCCAAAAGGCUAUAGCCACGUUUUGAUGAUGAAUUACAGAGAAGUGCUGAUCUAUAGAUUUACACCUCAGUUAUGUUCAUGGUUUUUAUAGGGAUAUUGUUUGGUCCGUUGUGUCGGUUUGCAUUCUCACCACAAGCAAACUGCCACAGAGUUGGUUUGCAAUCGAUCCGAGACCGCCCGAUUGUUUUGGUGUGGAUCCGAGUGCAAUUUCCCUGUUCAUAUAUGCCAAAAUGAACCGAACCAAGAGAGCAAAAGUACCAUGUUCCGAAACAAAUGCUCUAAACGAGCCAGGUGUGAAAACGCCCUUAAAUUUCAGUCUGUUCAUCAUACAAAGCUAUUGUAUGGCUUUAGAAGACAUUUAUAGUGUCAUGCUAUUUUUAUGAUGCUAUAAUUGUGCUUUUUGUCCUUUUUGGAGCUUGACAGCCCCUAGUCUGCAUCCAUUUUCAUCAUAAUGAAGAGAGAAGCUCAGACAUUCCACUAAAUUUCUAGGUUUGGAACGACUUUAGGGUGAAUAAAUGAUGUCCGAAUUUUCAUCUUUGGCAGAACUAUCCCUUUAAACACAGCCUCAGGGAAGUGCUUAGUUAUAUUGGAUUGACAAGCUUUUUAAAAAUGAAUGAGAGGAAAGCUUGCCCUCCACCAUGCUCUUUAGCGCUGUCAUAGAGACCCAGUAUGCUCACUGCUAAACUCCACUCUGAUUAGCAUUUAAAAGAGCCCUCUGUCUGAUGAGAAUCACACUGCGCCACUCUCACUGACUUUGAAGACCGAAAUGACUGCCACCAGACAUCACACAAGUUCAGCGUAAUGCAGAUUGGGAUUGGCGUGAUUUCAUUUGCUGCCUACAUUUGCAUGUUAACUAUGUUUUAGAUGAGGAAAGUCUAAUGCCCAUCUUAUUGCUUGUCAGCUUGGCUCAAAAUAUUGGAGUGUGGAAUUCUGAUAUUUAUAGAUUCAACACUGCCUCUGUGCUCAUUGCUAUGAUUAAGUAAGUGCCACAAAAAUCAUUACAAUAGAUUUAUCUUAUAAUUUAAUAAUAUAUUAAAGGUUGGCUGUCUUGAAGAACAUGUCAUAUGGGUCAUAUUUCACCUCAAAAAUCAAAAGACAUUUUUUGACAAAGAAAAUGAAAUGAAAAUGUUUUUGUACCAUUAAGAAUUUGUGUUGUGGAAAAUGAUUUUCAUGACCAUUUAUAACAUUCUCAUUAUUGUAAUGCAUCCAAGAUGUUUUACUUAGUGAGAUUUUCUUGAAAUCAGAAUAAAUUAAAGGCAGUAAAGCAAACAUGAUGUAAAUACUUCACAAUUACAGUAAAUGCAUCUGCAUUAGAGUAAUGAGAAUGAGAUUAAUUUGCAUUGCAGUAAUGAUAAUUGUAGGGGAAAUGAGUUUAAUUAUUAUAUAAUAAUGCAUAAUACCUUAAUGGUCCUAAAAACAGGCUUCAUUUCUCUGCAAAAUAUAAAUAUACUAAAAUACUAUUCCAAAUAACAUACAGUAUUUUUCUUUUGAUUUUUUGGGCAAAUAAAAACACAUUGUUGACAUGUUCUUCACAGGUGUCAUGAGAUUCGUCCAAAAUAAUGUGACUUGAAAUACUCUUUAGAAUAGAAGUUUGAACUGAUAAAGCCUCUUAGAUUAGUGACGGAACACCUUAAACAACAGAGAAACAUGUCUAGUUAACAAUAUUAACUAUUCUAGACAUUUUGAAGUUGAAUAACUGAUAUACAAGUUUUCCAUCGUCAUGAAAAUUCUGGAAAUAUAACAUUUAGAUUUCUAUGCCUGGAAAAGUAAUGAACAUUUCUAUAGUGAAUAUACACUUACUGAGCACUUUAAUAGGAUCACCUCUACGCCUACAUAUUCAUGCAAUAAUCUAAUCAGCCAAUCAUGUGGCAGCAGUGCACUGCAUAAAAUCAUGCAGAUACAAGUCAGGAGGUUCAGUUAAUGUUCACAUCAACCAUCAUAAUGGGAAAAAAUUUUGAUCUCAGUGAUUUUGACCGUGGCAUGAUUGUUGGUGCCAGAUGGGCUGGUUUGAGUAUUUCUGCAACUGCUAAUCUCCUUGGACUUUCCCACACAAAAGUCUCUUGAAUUUAACAAAAAGCGUCCAGUGGGUGGUAGUUCUGUGGACGGAAACGCCUUGUUGAUGAGAGAGGUCAACAGAGAAUGGCCAGACUGGUUCGAGCUGACAGAAAGGCUACAGUAGCUCAGAUAACCACUCUGUACAAUUGUAGUGAGCAGAAUAGCAUAUCAGAGAAUGCACAACAAGUCGAAACUUGCGGCUGAUGGGCUACAACAGCAGAAGACUACAUGGGGCACUUUAUUAGGACCAUAAUGUUCCUAAUAAAGUGCUCAGUGAGUGUAAAUUUUUCUGCCUAAAAAUAUCUCAUCAGCUAGAUUUAGAUUUUGAGAAAAACUUUCAAGCCAUAGUAAAUUCUGAUUUGUAAACAAAUUGUUCUUGUGAGCCAGUGAAUUUGUGAAGAUGGUACACAAAUCAGUCUGAACAAUUCAUAUUAUUAUUCAGCAUGAUCUCAUGACAUUUACGUGACAAUGGCAACAUGUUUGCAAACCAAAAUGACGUGCUUCAUUACACGCUUGGCUGCAGUUUUCCAGUGAAAUGUCCAGCAGGGGGUGCCAAAAGCGAGUGAAAGUAUGUUAAUUCUGGUAAUCAGACUAGGUUUUUGUGGUGAAUAUUUGAUUGAUAUUUUAAUGAGUAAAACCUCUCUAACCUAAAACUUCAACCUAAACAUAACCAAGUGUCUUAAAAAAUAAAUGAGUGAUGACCAAAACAGACAUCCUUACCCCAAACCAAACCUAAACCUAACCGAUAGUGUUUUAAAAGAAAAUUCCACAUGAAAGCACUUUUACUGAAGCAACCACAUCAAUUUGUGUUGCUUCUAUGGUAUUUUUGCUUCACUUUCACUCAAAGCAUCCUUGGCUGGGCUUGAGGCUCAGUCUCUGUGUCCAAAGUCCAAGACACCAUCAGGGGAGCUACCACGGAAGCAGGAAUAUGUCUGUAAAUGUAAGUUGGUCUUUAACACAACCGUUAAUUUUUUUUUUUUUCCGAACGAUGCAUUAGAGUAAACGUUUUUCGAUAUCAUAACAUAGCAGGGUGUGAGUAAUAGAGUUAAAAACACCUGUUUCUAAAAUCAUAAACAGCCAUAGUACCAGUGAUUCGUGUACGUGAAUAAAACGCACAGUUGUUUUAGCACCUCUAGUGUUCAUUUCAUAAGGAAACUGCAGCAAAACAUAGAAAGCGGCAUGUGAAACUCAGUUUGCAAAAAUGUAGUUGCAGUAACGUUUAUUCUAUGCAACUAGGUUUAGCAAAUUGGUCUGAAUCUAUAUGAUUUUCAGUAAUCUGAAAUUACUGAAACGGUCAUGAAAAAGUCAAUUUCAUUGGUCAAAAAUGGUGGGGUAUACCCUAGAUAUACAAUGAAAUUAGUUUGAAUAGCAAAAUUGUGCACAGGAAAUAAAAAUACAGGGAAGCUUACAUGUUGCACUACUUGGAGGAAUAGAUUUCAGAUUAAAUGUAUACAGUAUUUGUUUACCCCUAAAAGGGACAUUUUAUUGUUUGACGAACACGUUUUCUUUUAUUAAUUAUAUUAUUACCGCUGUAAACUUCAAGAACCCUCCCUUUCCAAAUGUGGAUUGUUCUAGUAGCACAGAUAUCAAGGGAACAGCUGUAUAUAUGUUAACAACACACCCACUUUUGUAAAACCACUUCAUAUUUUUUUUUUCUUCUAUGUUUUCUGAGGGAAAUAAACAGAAUAAAUUAUAGGAUGCCAUAGCAAACUACAGAGUAAAAAUCAAAACCAGAGAGUUUGACAAAGUGGUUAGGAAUGCAAAGAAUAAAAACAAACAUUCCAACAGUUUUGGUUGUAAGAUCCAGUUUCCAAAAAUAAGGUACAAAAUAGGGCCUGAAAUUUCUUUUUCAAAAAUAAAUAAGAUAAUGUCAUUGUCAACCUCAGGCAGGUCAAGCUAAGUAUUAUGAGUGGAUUUUCUAUUUAACUCUUGCAACCCUGUUACCAAAAUUCUGGACAUGCCUGAAUAGAAUUUAAAACUCUGAUUUGUGUGAUUUUAAUAGAUUAUUCAAAGGUGACAAGGUUGUAAAUAUAGCCUAAGCUCUCAUUUAGUUUGGGCUUGCUAGUUUGGACAAAAUGUUGGUUUUUAGUGAUUGAUAAGAUCAUAUUUCCCAUAAAUUAAAGACAGAUAUUUGCUUGAACAUUUAUUCUCGCAAUACCUUGAUAACAGGGUUGAAUAUUUGCACUUGACGAAUGCAGUCAACACAAAUGUGUGUGAAAAAAUUAAGAGAAGGGGCUGUUUAAACCAGGCUAAUUUUCAUGCUACAAUAAUUCUGUUAGUUAGUUUACCUAACAUAUCUAAUAGUUCAAAAAAAGGUAAAAAAAAACAGGGUAUUUGUAUCUAAAGCUUUAAGAAAAUGUAACUGGACACCAAAGUGUACCUUAUUAGUGGAAAGUGCUAACUAAGAACAUUUAUUAACAUGUAUUUUUGUCAGACUUUCAUUUUUAAGUGUUGCAUGUUUUGCCAUAAGUAAUGAUGCUAUGGGUAUUGGUGUUUGUAAUGUUUUGUCAUAUGUCAUUUGUAAUAUAUUUGUGUUAUUUUUAAACUCAGUUCAAGAAUCCUAAUGUUCCUUUUUAAACAUCUUUUAAUUGCAGUGGCUAUUUGACAUGGUUUGCAAUUGCAAUGUAUUUUCCUAAGCUGAACUGGUAAAUUCAACAUGGACUCAUGACAACUCGUAAUCAUUUGUUGAGAUGGCAAAAUCAUAAUAUAUGGUACGACUUGGCUCACGCGAUAAGGUGCGACUGUUAGACCAACAAUCAACAAACAGAAUUUAAAAUCAAUACAAUACCGGUGUCAAAUUUGGCUAGCCUCCAACACAUUAUUUUAAGAAAGGAAACAAAUGUGGGCCUGUGUUGCUCAGCGAGUAUUGACGCUGACUACCACUCCUGGAGUUCUAGAGAGGGUUUAGUCGCAUGAGUUAACCUACUCAUGGUCACGAUUAGUGGUUCUCACUCGUGUGGUAAGUUGUGCGUGGAUCUUGGAGAGUAGCAUGAGCCUCCACAUGCGAAGUCUCCGCGGUGUCAUGCACAACGAGCCAUGUGAUAAGAUGUGCGGACUGACGGUCUCAGAAGUGGAGGCAACUGAGACUUGUCCUCCACCACCCGGAUUGCCACGAGGACCUGCUAAGUAGUUGGAAUUGGGCAUUCCAAAUUGGGAGAAAAGGGGUUAAAAAAAAAAGGAAACUAAUUUGGUUACUCAUUAAAUAGAUUUAAGCAACACAAAUCACCGAUGAAUGUCAAUAACCAGUAAUCUGCUUCCCUCGUCUCGGUCAAAUCCCCAAUAUUGUCUUUCUUCCGUGGUACACCAAAGUUAUUUCACUAAUAAAAUUAGGGAUGUACUGAUACUGGUAUCAUAAUCGAGUCUGAUACCGCGCUUAUGUACGCAACAUGCUUAUAAAAAUGCACAGAUACCAAAACCGAUAACGUGACGUACCAAUGUACUUAGUAAACAUUCAAACACAAAUUGUGUCCUGGUGAGAUUAUCUAACCACAGAAGCUGUGAUUUAAUGAGAUAAAUAUAUAGUUUGCAUAUUCUGAUAACCUGUAAGCACUUAAAAUAGAGAAACAAUCAUAGAGAUUUAGUGUUUUUUUUUUUUACAUGUCUGAAUGUUAGUGCCACCUAUUGUCCGAUCCAUACCAAAUUUUGCAUGCUUCUAUGGAAUCACGUUUCAUUUGUGUACUAAAUUAGAUUUCAAUCGGAACCUUUGUUUAGGAGUUAUUUGCUUUUGGGUUAACUAAGCCACACACAUGUUUACAGUACACUAAUAUAGCCAUUUUAAAUAGAAAAGUUCUAAGAUUUUUAUAAUUAUUGAUCUAGAAGUUCAAAGAAUUGUACUGCACUAGUUGUGUGAGGGUUAAGUGAAAAACCUAGGACUUUUUUUUUUUUAUCUAAAAUGUUUAACAAAAAAUUUGAUUGACACCUAUGAUUCUUGAGGCAAAGUUGUUCAGAAUGAGGAGAUCUAUCAUAUGACAUGAAUAACGUGUCGGUGUGAGACAUUUCAGAAUAGAGCUGUUCAGCCGUGACGUCAAUUUGUAGGCAUACCCAGAAGUCUAAUUCGCCAUGAGUUUCCUCUAAUGGGGUUUUUGAACUUAUGAGUAAAAUAAGGUCUGUGGUAAACAUUACUUUAUGAUACGUGAAGGUUUUGUUCUACAACGUAAAUUACACACAUUCUUAUCCCAAACAUGAAGCCAUGUUAAAUUGGAUUGUGGUAUGACUGUGUGUAAUUUAUGCUGUAGAACAAAACAUCCACGUAUCAACAAGUAAUGCUUACCACAGACCUAACUUUACAGCCCAAUUAGAAAAACCCAUAGGAAAAUACAGCGGGAACCCAUGGCGAAGUAUCUUUCGGGUUUGUGGACUACAACCAGAACAACUCUUUAUACAACCAUUCACACGCAUGUAAAACAAGAUAGCACAAACAUUUAUAAUUGUUAUAGCACCACUUAUUGUCCGAUCUCCAUAAUAAAUCAAUAGUAAUUGUAUUGUAUUCAAGCAAUAUCUCAUUUGUGAUGCUGUGCUAUGCAGGACUUUAUUUGGAAAAAAUAACUCCAAUUAUGCUGAUGUUCUGUGCAUAAGCACUUCAUUUGAUUUAAAAUAGUACAAUAUAAUGUUGAAAAUAAUAGUUAUAUUUUCAUGAAUUCAUUUAUUUAAACACAAACUGUUGAUAAUGAGAUAUGAGAUAAUGUUGAUAAUCAGGUAUCGGACUCUGUAUCGAUACCAAAAAUGAAGUUUCGGUACUCGUACUCAUUAAAAAAAAAUAAAAUGGUAGCCCUAAUUAAAAUCUUGGUCAGGUUUAGGCUUUGGUAAAGAGGUUAGACUUUAUGGUUAGGUUUAUGUAAGGGGUUAAACCUAGGAAAAAUCAUUUUAACCUUGUUCUUUGGUUCCAUUAGGGAGUAAGUUUUACGUUUUUGUACGAGCCAUUUCGUUCAAUUUCACCAACUCUUACUAUUAUUACAACUUGUUAUGAGGCCAGGUUGGGUAAGUUAGCCACCAACUUUUCAAAAAGACAUGAUAAAAACACUAAAAAUAGAAUUAGGGAUGCUUUUCCAAUGAAUAAAACCAUGCCAU